GUGAAUUUUCUUUUGUUCUUUUGUUCCUUUUAUUCUUUUAGUCUUCUUUAAGCAAGUUCUAUUCUAAAGGUUGGAAGUCAACCCACGCAUUCACCCAAAAAGGUCAAACUUCAGGAUGUCGAGUCUCAUCAUUGGCCCUCCUCCUGCUGGGAUCGAUUUGAAGGAAAAUCGUACCCCUUCGAACAAUGCAACAGUAGGAGUCGUCAUGGGCAUUGCGACAUUCUUCGUAGCGGUGCGCUUCUAUUCCCGUACCACAAACUCAGGUACAGGGUUGGGAGCUGACGAUUGGAUGACCUUGGUCUCUCUGGUAUUCGCAUAUGGCACUGGUAUAUGUUGUAUAUUGGGCGGCGAGUAUGGGAUCGGAAAGCACAUAUGGUCUGUUCCGGAAGAUGAUGUGCUUGAAAGUAUGAAGAUCAUCUUUGCCUAUGUGAUCCUGUACGCAAACACUGUGCCCGUGGUCAAAUAUGCCGUUCUCCUCCUAUACCGUCGGAUCUUCGAUCUCACCUGGUCGCUGUACAUCUGUGCCUUUCUCGCUUUCGGAUACGCGCUCUCGGUGUCAGUGACAAUAUCAGUCGCCUGCAAACCCAGUUCCUUUUUCUGGACUCAGUGGGUUAAUCCACUGAGCGGAGGAAAAUGUACAGUUAAUUUGUAUCAGUUCUAUCUUUGGAACGCGGUGGGAAACCUUCUAACAGACGUUCUUAUCCUCUGUCUACCAAUACCUAUUGUCUGGGGACUCCAGAUGAGUGUGACCAAGAGACUUGCCGUCAUAGGCAUCUUCAUGUUGGGUGGUUUUGUCUGUGUCGCAACUAUCGUCCGAAUUUACUCCAUCACCCAGUUGAAAAAUACUGUCGAUAUCACUUGGGCUAUUGGAGAUGCUAUGAUCUGGUCCAAUGUUGAACCCUGCAUCGGGAUAGUGAGCGCAUGUUUGCCUACAAUGAGGCCUGCUCUGCGCCAGGUAUUAGAUUCUUGGGGUAUUAGUCGCUUUCACUCAAGCAAUAACACAAACGAUGCAAAGGCAAGUGGCUCUGCCAACCAGGGUGGACGCCGUAUGGUGCCAUCUACAAACCGCCAUAGCUAUAAAAACAUCACUAAGACAACAUUCCGGCCGGACGAUGAUGAGGUAUACCUGACGACCGAUAUCGCACGAGCUGAGAGCGUGGUCAACGAGGAAACUUCUCAGUCAAAUAAAUCGGGUGGUUUUGCGCAAGAGUCCAUUGGUAUGAAUAUCACUGUGAAGCAAAGCUUCUAUCAGAAACAAAGCCCAAAGAUCACAUAGUAGAUUGUUUUGGCAUUAUUCUGUCCGAUCCUCCACUUAUCGCUCUAUGCCGAGAAAAGUGACUUUCGGUGUUUUUUGUCUUUUAACUGUUUCGAAUCAUUGCCUAUAUAUAUGAUCUAACC